GUGGAUGGAGAAAAAGUCUCGUUAUCAAAAUUAGCUCAUUUUAGUAAGUUCAGGAGGAGAACAUAAGAUCCCAUUAUAGAUUUUAUUUAAGAUAGAUUUUAGUGAGAUUGUGUUUUUAACUUUGGAUGAUCUUAAAAUCUUAAGAUCAAGAUUGGGAUCUUAACAAUUGUGACUAAAAUUAACUAUAUCUCACACUAAAAAUUAAGAUAUUUUUUAAGAUUUUAAAAAAUAAUUGACUUUUUUUUAAUAGAUUUUAAAAAAUGUAUAUGUUAGGCAAGUGAUUUCUACGGUAGCCAAAAGUUAUGUUAGGCCUGGUGCAGCACAAGAUUCUGUUGUUCUAAAAUGGCAGCAUCGAUCAAGUGAGAAUGCCUUCAAGUUUCUGUAAAUCCAACUGAUUUGAAAUGGCUGGUUCUGCGGACGAAUCAUCAUCACCAUCAGGCGACACAGAAGGUUGCAGUAGUUGUUGGAAUUGGAGGAGGGCAUUAUCAGCUGAAGUAAAGCUGUUCCGAGGAUUUGCGUUUGCUUUUACCCUCGUCUUCACGUUACUCCUCUUCUUGUCCUUCUAUCUCUUCUAUCUUCGCCUCCGCCGUCUUCGCCGCCGUUCACCGCAUUGGUCGGAACCCUCAUCUGUCAACAAUGCGGUAUCCACGGAGCAAGCUGAUUUGGGGCUGAAGAAAGAACUGAGGGAGAUGUUGCCUAUUAUCGUGUUCAAGGAGAGCUUUUCUGUAACUGAUACCCUAUGUUCUGUAUGCCUUGGGGACUACCAAGCAGAUGAUAGGCUGCAACAGAUACCAGUUUGCAAGCAUGUAUUUCAUGUGGAAUGCAUUGAUCACUGGCUUUCAACUCACACCACAUGUCCUCUCUGUCGCCUCUCUCUUCUUGCUUCUUCUCCACCUGUUGCAGAAACAGCUAAUGAUACUUCAUCCACCACUGCAGAAAACAGUAGUGAUGCAGAUGCAUCUCUUCAGAUUGAUAAUUGUGGCCAGUCUUCAGCAGAUGUGGAGCUUGUUACUACACAAUAGUUAACAAGGCAAGAAAAUCUCUAUUUAUAUUCAUAUAGAAUAGCUGUCUUUGAAUAAUAUGUAGUUAGAUUAUUGGGCUUAUAGUAUGUAAUAACUCUUUCCAUAUGGAUACAAAAAUGAAGAGUUCAAGUGGGGAAGUUUAUAUAAGAUAGAAACCCAGAAAGUGAGAGUUGUGAGUUUCUUAUAAGCCUUAAGUCAGGGGUUAACUAUAACUAACAACAUGACCACACUGUGCAACAUUUUGUUUUCUUCAAGAUUAGCUUAGCAUUUUAAUGACAUUAUUUGCUUAUAAUGGGUAUAAAUUAAAAAAAAAAAUUGAAUUAAAGAAAAAUUUCUUUUGGG